AUGGAACGGUACUUUCAGAGAAAGAGUUUAAAUCUUCCUUCAAAUAAUCUGGGUAGUUCAAAUCCUCCUUCGAAUCAUCUGUCUAGUUCCAACCCUCCUUCAAAUAAUCCGGCUAGUUCCAACCCUCCUUCAAAUAAUCCGGCUAGUUCAAAUCAACCUUCAAAUAAUCCGCCUACUGAGUUGGAUGAAAUAUUAGCUAAUCUUCCUGCAGACCCUGGCCUUAGACCUCCAAUGACUUAUUAUAAUCCCAAUUUUCGAGAACAAAUCCAAAGAGCCUAUCUGCAAAGGGGUCCUUGUCAACCUAAAAGCCAAAACGAUAUGCCUCAAACACUUAUGGGGGAGAGUAAUCGACGUUUUCUUGUGAAAUGGUUUGAUUCAUUUGUUUGGUUAGAGUAUAGUAAAGAGAAAGAUGCUGCAUUUUGUCUUCAUUGUUAUCUUUUUAAAUGCGACUUUGAUAAACAAGGAAAGGCUGGAAGCGAUGUCUUCACUGAGAAAGGGUUUAAAAAUUGGAGGAAGGGACCUGAGAAUUUUAGGGACCAUGUUGGACAAGUUGGAAGCCUUCACAAUAAAGCUACACAACAUUGUACAGAUUUAAUGAAUCAGAAGCAACACGUUGAAACCAUUGUGAUCAAGCAGACAGACCAAGCUCGUGUUAAUUAUCGCAUUCUAUUAACUGCCGCACUUGAUUGCACUAGAUAUUUAUUACGACAAGGUCUUCCUUUUCGUGGCCAUGAUGAAAGUGAAACAUCUAGCAAUAAGGGUAAUUAUGUGGAGCUUUUGCAAUUUCUUGCCGAUCAUGAUGAGAAAGUUCGUGCCGUUGUGUUUGAGAAUGCUCCAGGGAAUCUCAAGUAUAUUGCUCCUAACAUUCAAAAAGAACUUGUCAAUUCUUGUGCUGUUGAAACCAUUGAUGCAAUUAUUAGGGAUAUAGACGAUGCAUUCUUUUCUAUAUUGGUAGAUGAAUCACGUGAUGUUUCAAUAAGAGAGCAAAUGACGGUGGUGUUGCGUUAUGUGAACAAAAAAGGGCAAGUUAUUGAAAGGUUUGUGGGUGUCCAAUAUGUCUCUGAUACGACUAGUAGCAAAUUGAAAGAGGCAAUUGAGCAAUUGAUUUCUUCAACAAAUUUGAGCAUGUCCAGGCUACGAGGACAGGGGUAUGAUGGUGCUAGUAAUAUGAGAGGUGAGCUCAAUGGUCUUAAAACACAGAUUUUGAGAGAAUAUCCUCAAGCAUAUUAUGUCCAUUGUUUUGCACAUCAACUACAACUAGCUCUUGUAGCCGUGGCAAAGGGUAAUGAAAAUAUUGCUACUUUCUUCACAACGGCUAGUAGUGUUGUUAACAUUAUUGGAGCAUCGUGUAAGCGUCGUGAUGCACUUAGAGAGCAACAACAAAAAGAUAUUAUGAAAGCUCUUGAAAUUGAUGAUCUUGAAACAGGGCAAGGGUUAAAUCAAGAGACUACUCUCAAACGUCCUUGUGAUACACGUUGGAACUCACAUUAUGAUACUUUACUGAGUAUUAAUACUAUGUUUCAUCCCGUGGUGAAGGUGCUUGAAUGGAUUGUUGAUGAUGUCAACCAAGAUAAUUUAGGUGAAGCAAAUAGGCAUUACAAAAGAAAGAUCAAGAUAUUGUGA